CUCUUUAAUGACGUAGCGAAAAAUAAUAGAGAUCUUUAUGAGCAUCGGCGGCUCCCCUGGAUUUAUUUGGAAUGGGUCAUUUAGAUUGUACAGUUCUUCCUAACUCUUUUCCGACCAUUUUGUUAUUGUCAACCUGUUUAUUUGGACUGUCUCUUGGUACGGAACUGGGUUUUGUGACGUGUGGGUCCGUCCUUAAACUGUUAAAUACAAAGCACAAUGUAAGAUUACACUCGCACGACGUGCGCUACGGCUCCGGUAGCGGGCAGCAGUCUGUAACGGGGGUGACUUCAGUGGAAGACAGCAACAGCUACUGGAGUGUCCGCGGAACAAUCGACGCCUCGUGUCAUCGUGGCACGCCGAUCAAAUGCGGGCAGACCAUUCGUCUCACCCACGUCAACACGGGCCGCAACCUGCACAGCCACUACUUCGCCUCGCCGCUGUCCUCUAACCAGGAGGUGAGUGCAUUUGGCGACGAAGGGGAAGGAGACCACCUGGACGAGUGGACGGUCCAGUGCGGAGGAUCCGUGUGGAAGCGCGAGGAGGCCGUCCGCUUCCGCCACAAAGCCACCGAUGCGCUGCUGUCGGUGACGGGGGAGCAGUACGGGCGGCCGAUCAGUGGCCAGAGGGAAGUUCACGCCAUGUCGAGCCCCAGCCAGCACAGCCUGUGGAAGGCCAUGGAGGGCGUCUUCCUGAAGCCCAGCGAGAACCUGGCCGGCAGCCGAGACUACAGUCACCUGCACACAGAGUUCUGAAGCCCGCUCUUCUUUCGUUUCCCUCACUUCCCGUCUCUGUCCCUAAUCUCACCUGUCGCGGCCGCCCCUUUUCUCACUUGCCUCUCCCGUCACCUUUCGACUAUCGUCUUUUGAAGAGACAUGUGCCAAACGUCUGUCCCGGAUCAGGGGGCAACAACUUCAAGUUUGAGUUUAAACGAAACCCAACUUGAAUCCUCAAAAAUCCAGCAGCUACACGCAGUACAGCUAAUAGAAUUUGUUGAGAAUUAUAGUUUGCCGGGUGCAAGGAGACAUAAAGGUAUUAAAAAUACCGUUUUGCUCUAUGAAGACACAUUUUUGAGCUUUGCAUCCUCUCAGCUGUUAUUUUGUUAAAUAACUGCCAAUAUCUGGCAGUGCAGGUUUUGCAGAUAAGUAUUAAUUCAUCAAGUAAAUAUUGUGCUUUGUUGGGCAAAAAAUUGUUACACUUGUGCCUUUAUCCUUUUUAAAAUGUGCUAAGCGCUAAGUAUUUAAACUGCGGAGACUUUUAAACUUUUCAAAACAUACGAAUUUGAAUGUGUUUUUAUGGCAUUUGGAAGCCAUAUUACACUCAAUGUAUAAGGAGUAUUACCUUUGUGAAUGGCUUUCUUUUCUCUUCAAUUCAAGCGUUUCAUAUAAAUUAUUUAACACUAGCUGACAUGACAGAAUAUGCUGUUUUUUUUUUCUUCGGAGGUGUUUUUGAAAUGUACAUCAUUGACCCGGGUGCUGUUGUUUGUCAUGAUUUAAACAGUUUUCAAGUGUUGGGAGAAAGUACAGUGUUUUACAUUCAUGCCUUCUGUGCAUGUGUACGUGUUAGAUCAACUCUUUGUUUGAGAGGAAACAAACAUGCAAUGAAUACCUCAUAUUAAAAUGAUUUGUAUGCAGUAUUA